AUGAGGUCGUUGCUGUUGGUGCUCCUGCUCAUUGGCAUCCAGGCUGUACUGAACAUGGACGGGGCCCUGGGCCCGGUGGCUGCCAACCACAGUGCAGAACAACACACAGCAGCCAAUGGCAGAGCAGAACAGCAGCGGACGGCCCGCCUGUCAGUGUCACCUCAGCAGGAGCAGCCAGCAGCAGACAGGGAGACUCAGCAGAGACCCAGCCGGACCAGACAGGCCCACAGACCAGCCUCUCUACCCCAGGACAGGAGCUCUUCCCUGGGCCACUCUGAGACAGACUCCUCCUCUACCCCCUCCAUCCCGGAGGUGGACCCCAAACUGUUCAGCAAGCGGAAGUACCGCACCUCACCGCGCGUCGUCUUUAGCGACGUCCCCCCGUCUCACCACACCCUGGGGGGGACAGGGGAUGAGGAGGAGGGGGUGGGGGAUGGGGGAGUGAGGGUGAGGCGGAGAGCGGGGGGGCAGCCCAUGCACAGGGGGGAAUACUCCGUGUGUGACAGCAUCAGCGUGUGGUUGGGGAACCUGACCAAGGCCACGGACAUCGCCGGCAACGAGGUGGAGGUUCUACCAGAGGUGAAGAUAGACAACGUCCGCAAGAGACAGUUCUUCUACGAGACCACCUGCCGCGUGGCCACACCCCUGGGGGGCGGAGCUGGGGGAGGGGCCAGUUCUAAAGCAGGGUGUCGCGGCAUCGACAGCCGCCACUGGAACUCGUACUGCACCAACACACACACGUUCGUGCGUGCGCUCACCAAGUUCAAGGAGCAGACGGCGUGGAGGCUGAUACGCAUCAACGCAGCGUGUGUGUGUGUCCUCAGCCGCAAGUCCUGGAGGCACUGA